GCGCGACAUCCUCCGGGAUGUGAAGUCGCAAGCUGGCAAAGACAGCCAGAAGAGAGAAGAGCAGGUUGACGGGAGCUCAGACAAAGAGAUGAUUGAAAUCGAUGGCGGAAAGCUGAUUGCUUCCCUGACAAAAGUGUAUGCCAAUGUGAUGGACUCGGCGAGAUCUUCCCAAACUACAAGCUGCUUCCAUGGUCUCCGUCAGCCCAGCAUCAGUAUCGAGGAUUACUUGGUUCGCCUCCGGAGCUACUUUAAAUGCAGUGAUGCGUGCUUCCUCCUGGCGCUGGUGUACAUCAUUCGCAUGGUGGACCUCUGCCCUAACUUUGUGGUGAAUGUCUUUUCGAUUCACCGUCUUCUGGCCACAAGCCUGUUGGUGAGCGUGAAGUUCCAUGACGACAUUUUCUACAGUAAUACCUUCUACGCGAAGGUGUGCGGAAUACCCCAGGAGGAGCUGAACGCCGCUGAACUGGAGUUCCUCAAGAUGAUUAAUUGGAACUUGGGCUUCUCCAAGGAGGACUUCAAGAAAAUGUACUCCGAGGUGCUAGUGGCCGCAGAGAAAGCUGGUUGA